UCCAGCUUUUGUGAGUCUCCUCCCACAGCAGCUCACCAGUGAAGCUCCACCCACAAUUCCCUGAUGAAUGUUGGAAUAUUCCCACCAGUCUACAAGUGAAGAAGACAGUUUCUGAAAGAACACUGAGAGCAUGAGUGAUCCAGAACCCUGCAGAAUGGAACAUGAAGAUUCUGAAGAACAAAGAGACAUGAUGGAAGAGAACGAGGAGAGUGAAGAUCUGAGUGAAGCGGAGCAGAAACAGACUGAAAGCAGUUUCUUACAGAGAAGAACAGCAAAAGGGCAAAAAAAGCCCAUUUGUCAUCUGUGUGGAAAAAAUUACAGAAACAAACUAGGUCUUAAACUCCACAUGAUAGUUCACACCGGACAGAAGCCUUACACGUGUGAUCAAUGUGGACGGAGUUUCACUCAAAAAAAUGCCUUAACGGAUCACAUGAGAAUCCACACCGGAGAGAGGCCUUUUAAAUGUAGGAAGUGCAGGAAGAGUUUUGCCUACAAAAAAAUUUUAAAAGUUCACUUGAAAGUUCAUAGUGGAGUGAAACCAUACACAUGUGAUCAAUGUGGGAAGAGUUUCACACAGAAAGCGAACCUUACUGGACACAUGAGGAUCCACACUGGAGUGAAGCCUUAUGUGUGUGAUCAGUGUUGGAAGAGUUUUGCAAAUCUAAGCAACUUAAAAUCACAUCUGAUCACUCAUUCUGUAGAAAGACCAUAUAACUGUGAUCAGUGUGGAAAAAGCUUUUCUGGGGCAAAAUCCCUGAAAAACCACAUGAUAGUUCAUUCAAAGAAGGAACAUCACAAGUGUUCUUUGUGUGAAAAGAGUUUUGCUCAGCUGCUACAUUUAAAAAAUCACCAGAAAAGACACAGCGGUGUGAAGAAUCAUAUGUGCUUUGAUUGUGGGAAGAGCUUUAUUAGAGAUGUUGAACUCAGACAUCACCAGAGAAUCCACACUGGAGAAAAACCUUACAAAUGUUCACACUGUGACAAGACAUUCAGUAGUUAUGGAUCUUGUAAAAGACAUGAAAGGACCCACACUGGAGAGAAGCCGUAUUACUGCUCUUCAUGUGGGAAAAGUUUCACUCAAUCAUGUUCUCUUCUCCGUCAUACAAGAAACAUAUGUCAGAAAUAGGCAUUUAUGUAUUCAUUUAAGUGUACGCUAAGUAUGUGUGUUAGAUAAAUAAGUGUAUGUGCAUAUAAAUGUAAAUAGUGUUGUGUGUUCCUCAUUUAUUAUAAAGUCUUCACCAUAGUCUCAAGUAUAAGAUUUGUAUCUUAUAUAAGAAGAAUCUCAAGUAUGAGAUUAACUCAAAUAUUGAUUA